GCUGGCCUCACCUGGCGAGUGUUGAGAGCGGGGUGCGGCAGCCGCUGCGGCGGCGGGGCGGGGGCAUGGACCAGGCCUGCCAGCGCGCCGGGUCCCGGCGAGUGCGCCCCGCCGCCCAGUGAGCGCCACGGCGGCGGCGGGGGCCGGGGCCGACCCCUGCCACCCGGAGCCCAAGGAGAACAGGGCAAAGGUAUGUCGGGAGGUCUUGUACUCACGCUGGCUGUGCCCUGCCUCAGCCUACUUCCUGAACAUCUUGCCUACUGGAUCGAUGGAUCGUGUUUGCCCAGCAAGGGAUAUAGAAAUGCUGCAGAGCUGCUUCACCAACACUGUAUCCUGCAGGCUCUGGCUGAUUGCUUGCCCUGCUCUGGGUGCCCCUCCUCCCCUGACCCCCGGAGUCCCUAAAAAUGGGGUGGGUGGGGCUCCAGAAGGUUAGCUGUUGUGCUGUGAGUUCGUUAAUAAUUAAUCCUCUUGGACAUUGUGGCCUGGGCCCUAGUGGAGAAGGAGGCAGGAAUCUCCCCGCUCCUUACCUGCGUUCCCAGAAGAGGCGGCUGUCACAGUACAAACCGGGGAGAGGGGGGCCUUGGGCAAUGACAGACUCUUGUGCUUGGGGAAGGCCUCUCAUAUGUGUGCCCCUAAGGAGUGCCUCUCACUGGGCUCCAAGGAAGAACAAACAAGCACUUGCAGGAAAGCAGUGACUCACAGGACAAUGGCAAUGGGGGACUCUAGGCCCCCUCAGUGGCUUGGGGCAAGCUUCUUGCUUUGGUUUGACUCCAUGAAAUGUGAAUGACUAGAGAAGACACAGCGGGAUGGAGCAGAAGUACCCCAAAGGUUACCAGACUGGAGACCUGGAGUCAUCAGGGGUUUCCUGAGAUGACUCUGCUGCCAAAGAAGCCCUGCAAGUCCAAGGCCAAGGGGUUACUGCUGGGAGCUCUCUUCACCAGUUUCCUAUUGCUGCUGUACUCCUAUGUGGUACCUCCACUGUAUCCCAACAUGGCCUUCACGACCUCAGAGGCUGCAGCACCCUGCUCCCCUAUUCCCAAUGAGCCAGUGGCAGCCACUCCCGCCAACGGCUCAGCAGGAGGGUGUCAACCUCGGCGAGAUAUUGUGUUCAUGAAGACGCACAAGACCGCCAGCAGCACACUGCUCAACAUCCUGUUCCGCUUCGGCCAGAAGCACGAGCUCAAGUUCGCUUUCCCCAAUGGCCGAAACGACUUCCACUACCCGUCGUACUUUGCACGAAGCCUGGUGCAGGACUACCGGCCUGGGGCGUGCUUCAACAUCAUCUGCAACCACAUGCGCUUCCACUAUGAGGAAGUGCGCGGGCUGGUGCGGCCGGGUGCCACCUUCAUCACCGUCAUCCGCGACCCUGCUCGUCUCUUCGAGUCUUCCUUCCACUACUUUGGAUCCGUGGUGCCGCUCACCUGGAAGCUGUCGAGCCGCGACAAGCUGGCCGAGUUCCUGCAGGACCCCGAUCGCUACUACGACCCGAGCAGCUACAACGCGCACUACCUCCGCAACCUGCUCUUCUUCGAUCUGGGCUAUGAUAGUAGCCUGGACCCGGCCAGCCCGCGCGUGCAGGAGCACAUCCUGGAGGUGGAGCGCCGCUUCCACUUGGUGCUACUGCAGGAGUACUUCGACGAAUCCCUGGUGCUGCUCCGAGAGCUGCUGUGCUGGGACCUGGAGGACGUGCUGUAUUUCAAGCUCAAUGCGCGGCGCGACUCGCCGGUUCCGCGGCUCUCUGGCGAGCUGUACCGCCGAGCCACCGCCUGGAACCUGCUGGACGUGCGCCUCUACCGUCACUUCAACGCCAGCUUCUGGCGAAAGGUGGAAGCUUUCGGGCGUGAGCGCAUGGCGCGCGAGGUAGCCGAGCUGCGCCAAGCGAACGAGCACAUGCGCCACAUCUGCAUAGAUGGCGGCCAAGCAGUUGGUGCUGAGGCCAUCCAGGACUCGGCCAUGCAGCCCUGGCAACCCCUGGGCAUCAAGUCCAUCCUGGGUUACAACCUCAAGAAGAGCAUCGGGCCACAACACGAGCAGCUCUGCCGGCGCAUGCUCACGCCCGAAAUCCAGUACCUGUCUGACCUCGGUGCCAAUCUCUGGGUCACCAAGCUCUGGAAGUUCCUUAGGGACUUUCUAAGGUGGUGAUGUAUCCUGCCCACCUCCUGUUUGGCUUCCUGAUGCAGCAAGGCCGGGCAGGGAGCCUCUGGCACCUAGCCUUCCCUAGCCACACCUAGUGCCACCCUGGGGUCCCUAGGGUCAUAGCUGUCUGGGACUAGUCUCUCUGCAGGAGAGAGCCUAACGGAGAGGUAUUUAACUAAUUAUGCCAUUUUUUUUUUAUUAAAUCCCCUUUAUUUCCAGCCUCCUCUUACAAGGGGAGACGCAGAAGUAAAGAAAUUUUAUGUGUG